AUGGAUAAUUUAAUGAAUCCUGAAGCUCAAAUCUUGAGAGAGCCAGAAAGUUUUAGCUUCAGCUCUCCAAGUUCCCCCAAACCCUUCAAAUCAACAUUCACGGCUGCUUCUCCGGUCUCUGAAAGCUCCAAUGACCAGGAAAUCCAUGACCUGGAGCUGAGCAAUGGCCGUGAUGGGAGAGCUCAAUGGCUGCUCAAUGCUCCCCAGCCACCAGGGCCCUGGAAUGAGCUUCUGCACUCACUGAGAAAAACUGUUUCAUCCCACAGAAACAAGUUCAAGAAUGAGCCUGGACUAAAACAUGUAGCUUCAUUUCUGAAAGGAGUAUUUCCUAUUCUUUCCUGGUGCCGGAACUACCAGGCAACAAAAUUUAAGAAUGAUUUAAUGGCAGGUUUAACUCUUGCAAGCCUCAGCAUCCCUCAGAGCAUUGGAUAUGCAACAUUGGCAAAGCUUGAUCCUCAAUAUGGCCUCUAUACGAGUGCUGUUCCACCUCUAAUUUAUGCUGUAAUGGGCACUUCAAGAGAAAUAGCAAUUGGACCUGUGGCUGUGGUGUCAUUACUUUUGUCUUCAAUGAUUCAAAAACUAGAAGAUCCAGUGGCUAAUUCAAUUGCAUACAGAAAUUUAGUUCUGACAGCAACCUUUUUCACGGGCGCAUUCCAAGCUGCCUUUGGGCUCUUCAGGUUGGGUUUUCUUGUUGAUAUUUUGUCACAUGCUGCUGUUGUUGGGUUCAUGGCUGGUUCAGCCAUUGUCAUUGGUCUUCAACAACUCAAGGGACUGCUUGGAAUAACUUAUUUUACAGACAAGACUGAUGUUAUCUCUGUCAUGAAAGCUGUGUGGAAAUCAGUUCAUCACGCUUGGAAUCCCAAUUUUAUCCUGGGGUGUUCAUUCCUGAGCUUCAUCUUAAUUGCUAGAUUCCUGGGGAGGAGAAACAAGAAACUCUUCUGGCUGGCAGCGAUUGCGCCACUAGUAUCAGUUAUUUUAUCAACUCUCAUUGUGUUCCUGACAAGAGCUGAUGAACAUGGAGUUAAAAUAAUGAAGCACAUUGAAAGAGGCCUAAAUCCAAGCUCAGUGCAGCAGUUACGGUUCAUUGGCAAAAAUGUUGGAGAAGUGGCUAAAAUUGGACUGAUUGCUGCUGUUGUUGCACUCACUGAAGCAAUUGCAGUUGGCAGAUCUUUUGCUUCGGUAAAAGGAUAUCACCUAGAUGGAAACAAGGAAAUGGUUGCCUUUGGCUUCACAAACAUUUUAGGUUCCUUUACUUCUUGCUACGUGGCCACUGGUUCAUUCUCCCGCACUGCUGUAAAUUUCAACGCUGGAUGUGAAAGCACUGUGUCAAAUAUAGUGAUGGCCAUAACAGUGCUUAUAUCAUUGGAAUUUUUCAUAAGGCUAUUAUACUACACUCCAAUUGCAAUCCUUGCUUCAAUCAUUCUGUCAGCUCUUCCAGGCCUUAUUGACCUCAAUGAAGUUCACAAUAUCUGGAAAAUUGAUAAACUAGACUUCCUUGCCUGCAUUGGAGCCUUCUUUGGUGUCUUGUUUGCAUCAGUUGAGAUCGGUCUUCUUGUCUCGGUAACAACAUCAUUUGCAAAGAUAAUCCUGAUCUCAAUUCAACCAGGCAUCGAAAAGUUUGGAAGACUUCCUGGGACUGAUUUGUUUCGUGAUGUAAAUCAAUAUCCUAUGGCUAUCAAGACUCCUGGAAUUCUCAUAAUCCAAGUCAAAGCUGCCUUGCUUUGUUUUGCAAAUGCCAAUUUUGUUAGAGAAAGAAUUAUGAGAAGGGUAAAAGAAGAGAGAGAUAAUCAUGAAGACAGCCAGGAAAAGGCCCAAAGGACUGUUCAACGUGUGCUUCUUGACAUGUCAAACUUGAUAAGCAUCGAUACAUCAGGAAUUGCUUCUCUAGAGGAAUUGCAUAAGAGCCUAGGAGAAAAUGGCCUGGAGCUGGCCAUUGCCAACCCCAAAUGGCAAGUGAUUCACAAGCUAAGGUUAGCCAACUUUCUGGAAAAAAUUGGAGGAAGGGUCUUCCUGAGUGUUGCAGAAGCAAUGGAUGCAAAUCUAAGUGCUAAAAUGGCCACUAUUUGA